AGUCAUUUACACCUAGGGCUUUAAUUGGUUUGGAGGGUUUCCGUCUCGAGGUGUCAAUAAUCAUGUUGGUGUCUCUUGUGUUGGCAUGCCUGAGUCUUCUGGUCAUCUGCGAGACCGAAGGUCGUGGCCUAAUAAAUUCCGUUCCUUGUUAUGACGCAGUGAUAAACAAGAUCAAGGCAAGCGAUCCAGUCUACGACAGAAACAAGUGGGACAGUCUUCCAGACAAUAUAAAGAAACACAGAGGAAAUGUUCUUCACGAAGACAGGAGAAUCAACGCACCUAUAAAGGUAAUCGACCAGUUCGUGCAAGGUGAUGCAAUAAAAUACCAACACGUCAGUAUUGUUUGUGAGUUGAAAAUGGACGGACUCAAGUGGGGCAACUAUUGGUUGAACGACGCCUUUGAUACGCGUUGGCCUGGAGAGGUCGGGUACAUAAUCCUACCCUCCGACAACCACUUCUUGUUCUUCAUACGCACUACGAGGAGAAGUCACAGCGUCAGGUACCGAAUACAGUUCUUCGCCCAGGCUACCAAGCCAAAAUACUCGGCAUCGUUUACUUGUGUACAGGUCAAUACACUGUUUGACAGCGGUACUGGUUUAGCUGUUGAUAACGGUUGUGAGUUCCGUAAUUGGCCAUCUAAUUAAGGAAAGUCUUCACUUUAAUUGGAAAAUUAAAUAAAUGUUAUUUUGUUAAAAGUUAGGAAAAUAAAUCUUUUGUGUGUACUGUUUCA